UGGCUCACUUGACAUGUUCACCGAAACUUCCCGUAGAUGCGCCGCUAAUUAGCUUGCGGUCGCCUGGGUAUUGGGGACGGAACAGCCGGAAAAGGACGCUCUUCUCCGCCGUCUAAGACGGAACAACAGCCGGUAGUUAACACGCAUAUAAACAGCCUAACCUCGACGUGAGACAAAGAAUGUGCCAGCUUUCUUUUUUGGAAGAGUAUGUCUCCGUGUAAAUAGAGGCGACGCGGAGGUCGAGGAUGGCGGCAGACGUGGACAAAACGAUCCGCAACGAGGUGCGCUCUGAUGGGCAAAACAGACCGCAGCGUCGGUGCUCUGGAUCCUGGAGGUCCACACGGAUGUGUACUCUGCUCCUGGUUCUUGCAGUUCCCAUUCUGGCUUGGGGGAUCAAGUAUUAUCAAGAUGCACAGCUCCUGAAGCGACAUGAGGAGAGCAUUCGAACCCUGGGUCCUGAGGGGCUUUUUCUUUUCUCCUCCUUGGACGCCAACCAUGAUCUCUAUCUCAGCCCAGAGGAGUUUAAACCAAUUGUGGAGAAACUCACAGGGAUUAUUCCUCCGGGCGACAUUGAGGAGGACGUGAUUGAAGACCCCAAUGGAGAGGCGUUAACAUUAGAGGCUAAAAUGAAGCCUCUGCUUCUGGACUCUAUGACAAAAAGCAAGGAUGGCUUCCUCGGGGUUUCUCACAGCUGCCUGAGUGGUCUGCGCUCAUGGAAGAGUCCAACCGUCCCUAAUUCAUCCUUCUUCGCCAGCCAGUUCAGGGUCUUUCUCCCCCCUAAAGGCAAGACGGAGGUUGGAGACACGUGGUGGGUGAUCCCCAGUGAGCUUAACAUCUUUACUGGGUACCUGCCCAACAAUCGCUACCACCCUCCCACACCAAAGGGCAAAGAGGUUCUCAUCCACUCGCUGCUGAGUAUGUUUCACCCUCGACCAUUCAUCAAGUCUCGCUUUGCACCUCAGGGCACUGUUGCAUGCAUACGUGCCAGCAACGACUUUUAUUAUGACAUUGUAUUCAGGAUUCACGCAGAGUUCCAGCUCAAUGAUGUGCCAAACUUUCCCUUUUGGUUCACGCCGGGCCAAUUCACCGGCAACGUCGUGAUCGCUAAGGACGCAUCUCACGUGCGACAUUUCCACCUUUACGUCCCGAGUGAUAGGUCUCUAAAUGUGGACAUGGAGUGGUUGUAUGGUGCCAGUGAGAGCAGCAACAUGGAGGUGGACAUUGGGUACCUACCGCAGCUGGAGCUGCAGUCCUCUGGCCCAUCCACCCCCUCCGUCAUCGUGGACGAGGAGGGUAACGUCAUCGACAGCCGAGGCGGCGACACCGAACCUAUCCAGUUUGUUUUUGAGGACAUUAACUGGACAACAGAGAUCAAUCGUCAAGAAACCACCCGCCGCCUGGAGGUCACCCUUUACCCCUUCAAGAAGGUGUCCUACUUGCCUUUUUCUGAGGCCUUCCAGCGAGCCGAGGCAGAGAAAAAGCUGGUGCAUUCCAUUUUGCUUUGGGGAGCAUUAGAUGACCAGUCCUGCUGAGGUUCCGGGCGAACUCUCCGGGAGACUGUUCUGGAAAGUUCGCCCGUGCUGGCUCUGCUCAACCAAAGCUUUGUGAGCAGCUGGUCUCUGGUCAGAGAGCUGGAGAACAUGCAGGAUGAUGAGCACAGCCCCACACUGAGUGAAAGGGCUCGCUUGCACCUAGAGAAGUACACGUUCCCUGUGGAGAUGAUGGUCGCACUGCCGAAUGGAACCAUAGUCCAUCACAUUAAUGCUAAUUUCUUCCUGGACCAAACGGCCAUGAAGCCUGAACAGGAAGGAGAGGGAAACACUUUCAGCUUCUCUGGAGGGUUUGAAGAUCCCUCCACCUCCACUUACAUCAGCUUUUUGAAAGAGGGACUGGAGAGGGCCAAGCAGUACAUGGCAGAGUAGUGUGCGUGUGUACGUGCGGUCAUUCCUGUGAUAAGUGAACUGAGUGAAUCUUCCAAAAUGUAAGCGGUGACAUAUUAAGCGCUGCUAUUAUCAUAAAAGCACACAGAACCGAGGAGUGUUGACCUUUUGCCAUGUUUGCUAAUGUGUCACCCAGUGGCAGCGUAGCCUCCCUCCUAGGCGUUUCUCAGCCGUUUGUGACGGUUCUGCCUGAAAGCUCUUCUCGGGCCGGGCAGCGCCUGAUGAUUGACGCUGACGAGGCGUCCUGGAGGAAAUGCCCGCUUAAGUCCAGCCUCUCGGGGACAGAAGCAGCAGGAAAUGUCUUUUUUAAUCAGUUGGCGGCGCACAAAGUUAAACAUCGACCAUGAAUGGAGUUAAUUAGAGGAAAUUCACUACGCCAAAAAUGACUUCCUACAGUUUGUAACUCAUUUUGACUGCGGAGCGCAAAAAGUUGCCUGCUUCAAAAAGCAAACAUGUAGCUGUUAAUUACACCGAAGUUAUUGCUCUUUUUCUUCCGGUCACAAAAAACUGCAACCUGUGACUGUUUUUAUUUGGAUAAUUUGAAAUGAAACACUGUGAUUCUGUAUUUCUUUUGUUUUACAGGACACAAUUUUUUUUUUUUUUACACGCCAAUAACCUGUGAAGUAGCACUGUUUUGUGUAAUCAUAUCACACAGAGCGAAUAUUUAUCUAAAAAUAUAUAUUUUUGUGCUUGUAGUCAUUUUGAA